CCGUGAUGACUAAGCGAAUAUUUCGAUGUUGAAAUCCAAAGAUGCAGGUUGUAACCAGCUCUAGGUCGUUAAAAAAUUAAGCUCACACGACAUGAGGAUAUAGAGAUCCCAUCAGUAUUUCCAGUAAAUCAGCAGGAGACAAUGGCGUCAGCAUCUAAUCCCCCGGUUCUUUCGUUUCCUAGGCAAACGUUUGCAAAACUCUCACCGGCUCCCUUCCUUCAUGCCCAUUUGAAGCCUACGACGAAAGGCGCACCAAUCUCGCGACCCAAUGGCCGAGCGCCCAAUAGCUUCAGAACAGCUACCGCGCAUACUUCUUCCCUUUCGCAUGCUUCUGGUAGCGCGGUGGUGCGGACUGGAGACACAGCUUGCGUCUGUGGAGUAAGAGGAGAGAUUCUGCUCGCUCGGGAUGUGCCUGGCCAGCGUUUCGAAGGCGGCAAUGGGCUUCGGGGUCCAACAACCGGGGCCGACGAGAUUGCAGAAUUGGGAUUGGUGGUCCCAAAUAUCGAGCUUUCCACAGGAUGUUCUCCUGCGCACAUUCCGGGCCAGCCCCCCUCAACCUUGGCUCAGAGCCUGUCUCAGCGGAUAUUAAAGCUCCUGCAGUCCUCCAAACUCAUUGAUCCGGCUGACCUACGCAUAUGGCAUGACCCUCGCGCGAUUCUGCAAGCCAUGGAUACUGAAGAUGGCGACGAGGAUGCUCAACCUGAAGUGAAGGCUUUUUGGGUCCUCUAUAUUGAUAUCCUGUUUAUUUCGCUGGAUGGGAAUCCUUUCGACGUUGCUUGGGCUGCCGUUCUGGCUUCUCUUUCGGAUACUCACCUACCGCGCGCUCAUUGGGAUAUAGAUAACGAGAUGGUUGUAUGCUCGCCUUCAAAAGAUUUUGCUCAUAAGUUACGGCUCGAUGGCUUUCCUUUGCCUGCAUCCUUUGCGGUAUUCAGCACAGGAAGAGGGGCAAGCAAGGAGGCAUGGGUACUUGCAGACCCCGAUGAUUUCGAAGAGGGCCUUUGCACCGAAGAAAUCAGCCUUGUUGUGGACUGUUCAGGCAAGGAGACACGCAUCCUAAGGAUAGAGAAGAGCGGCGGUGGUGCUGUCGGGAUCGAAGAAAUACGUGCAUUGGUCGCACUGGCUGAGGGUAGAUGGCAGGAGUGGAAGGACAUUAUACACAAAGCGUCGUCUUCUCUAUGAUACGCUUAUGAUCAUUUCAUACCCCCACUUCAGCAUUUUUAUGUUUAUAUUGGCGUUUGAAACCGGAUUUUCAUAUUGCUAUUUCCAAAAUUCGUACCACUACUUGGACUAGGAUGGACGGUGGACUACUUACACCUAAAGCCACAGUUGAAUGAAUUGGCUCUUUGCAUCAAAAAUUGAAAGCAGCUAGAUAUUUGAAAUCUUGGGCUAUGGAGCUUGAAAAUCAUAUUUUACAAGGUGAAGUUUCUCCACAGAUCUGUACCAUCACCAACGAACCACCCUUUCAGAUAAAAUCCAGAGCAGCAGAUACC